AUGGCUAGUCCAGUCACUGAUAUCCGCGAGAUCAGCGGAUCGGAUCUAAUCUCUGCUCUUCAUCUUGCCCAACGAGCACCAGCAAUCCUUGGCCAGGAAUCCGGGUCUGCGGCUAUUUCAUCCAAAUCUUCAGACACCGCAGAUUAUUAUGCACGAUUAGAGCAGCUUAUGUUGGUCUGCCUUCGGACGGGAGAUGACCAGUCAGCACAGACCUGUCUGAAUCGCCUCAGCCUCCGGUUUGGACCCUCUAAUGAAAGGAUUAUGGGGCUUCGAGGCCUGUACGAGGAGGCAACUGCCAAGGAUGAGCCGGCACUAGAAAAAUGCCUGCAGGAAUACGACAACACCCUGUCACAGAGUCCGGUUAAUGUGCCCAUUCUGAAGCGCCGGGUGGCGUUGUUACGCUCGCUCAACCGACCAUCUGACGCGAUCUCCGGUCUUAUUCAACUCGUCGAUGCCAUCCCUACCGAUGCCGAAGCCUGGUGUGAACUAGCCGACUUGUAUCAGUCACAGGGGUUGGGUUCCCAAGCCAUUUUUAGCCUCGAAGAGGCUUUACUCAUUGCUCCCAACUCGUGGAAUGCCUCAACUCGGAUUCUUGACAAUGAUUACGCAGGCGUAUCAGGUCAACUUUCCAAGAAGACCCUGGAACAAUUGAAGGCCUUUGCGCUCCUGAAGUUGGGCGAGAUUGUUGAGUCACGGUCUGUCGAUGACCAACAUUGGGCAUCGAGUCGAAGCGAGCUGAUUGCAGCCAAGGAGUUACUGAAUCGCCAGUGA